AUGAAACUGCUGGAAUUCAUUAACGACAUCGUUCGAGAUCAACUAUAUGGUGUCGUCAUCAAUAACCAAUAUGUAAUUGAAUUCCAAAAGAGGGGUCUACCACACGCCCAUAUCGUCGUCACAUUCCAUGAAGAUGACAAAUUGAAGGAUGUUGAAAUGGUCGACCGAAUCAUCAAUGCCUAUAUUCCAGAUAGAGAAAAUCAACCCCUACUCUAUCAGCGAGUUGCGGAUUUUCAUCUGCACCCUCCAUGUGGCCGCAUCAAUCCGGAAGCUCCCUGUAUGGCAGAUGGUAAAUGUACCAAGUAUUACCCUAAAUCAUUCAGAGAAAAGACCUCAUUAUCUGUUGGUCGUAAUACGAAACCUGAAUAUAGAAGACCUGCCGAUGGCAGAGAGAUUUUUGUAGCUAAGUGGAACCGCCCCAUCACAAAUCGGAGAGUGGUACCUUAUAAUCCUUAUGCUUUGGCCAAAUAUCAAUGCCAUAUUAACUUUGAAGCCGUAGGUUCCCUACAAACCAUCAAAUAUCUGCAUAAAUAUAUCAAUAAAGGGCCAGAUAAUAUUACUCUCUAUGUAGAUGAGGAAAACACGAAUACAAGAGAGGGUCAACGCAUCGAUGAGAUACAACAAUACAUCGAUAGCAGAUAUGUCAGUGGUAUGGAGGCAACGUGGAGAACGUUCCAAUUCAGAAUGCAUGGUCGCUCUCAUUCUGUAUUGGUUUUGCCGGUGCAUUUACCAGGAGAAAGGGAAAUCAUUUACAACGAAGAUGAUGAUGUCGGACAAAUCCAACAAAGACUUGAAAAACCUUCCAAAUUAGAGGCAUGGUUUACGUUAAACAGAUCAGACGUAAACGCAAGAAAAUACAAAUAUGCCGAAAUCCCUGAGCAUUAUGUAUGGGAUAAUAAAAAUGCUAAAUGGUACCAACGCUCUCAGGUUAGCAAACAGAUAGGAUGUAUGGUAGAGAUAAGUCCAUCUGAGGCACGCAUCGAAAAAUUCUUUUUACGAAUACUCCUGAAGAGAAUUAGAGGAGCUACGUCCUUUGACGAUCUGUUGACAACAGAAGAUGGUUCCAGAUGUGAGACUUUUAGAGAAGCUUGCCAAAAACGAAAUUGGCUGAUACAAAAUGACAGCGAAUAUGAAAAGUGUCUGAGGGAAGCGGAACUUCAUCACCAUCCAAGAAAGUUCCGCAAAUUAUUCAGUUUGAUUUGUUCAAUAGCCAUAGAAGAUGAAUUAGCACAAUUAAAAAAAUUGUGGCUUCUGUUCAGGAAAUCCUUGAUGGCAGACUUCAAACAUAAUGGAAUGAGUACUCCUGACGCUGAAUGUGCAUGUUUAAAAGAGCUGAACAAAAUAAUAUCACGAACUGAUCUGGGAAUAGUUCGCCUUUCUGAAGACAAUCACGAAUCCAGCGAUACCGAUGAACGAACUGAAGAGCCAACAACAUCUUCAAGAGAAGAGGAGUAUUCACGGGAGAUUUAUAAAAUUUCAGCAUUAGAUAAGGACCAAAAAGUGGUGUUCCUGAGGGUAUUGAAGGCCUGUGCGAGAAAACCCAAAUUUUUAAUACCUCUAGAGAUUUAUGAAGAACUAGGCGAUGAUGUCAGUGCCGAACAAAUAGCAGAGCGAACGAACGAGAACAUUUUCUACCUGGACGGUCCUGGCGGAACAGGCAAGACUUUUUUAUAUAAUACUGUAAUUACAGUCCUCAAUGAUGUUUUAGGUAAAAGUACAGCAGCAGUUGCAUGGACAGGAAUUGCGGCCAAUAUUUUGAAAGGAGGUACAACUGUUCACAGGUCCUUUAGAUUACCUCUCACUCUUUCCGAUGAAACAAGUUGUGGUUAUGACUUGCAAUCCUCUCAGUCGAUUUUUUUCAGAGACAAGGUCGCUUUUAUUAUCUGGGAUGAAGCACCAAUGACGCCUAAAUUCGCAGUCGAAGCAGUUCAUAGAUAUUUAAUGGACAUCAAUAGACGUGCUGAACCUUUUGGAAGAAAAUGCGUUCUGUUUGGUGGUGAUUUCAGACAAAUUCUUCCUGUUGUUUUAGGUGCCCAUCGAAUCGAUGUCAUCGCACAAUGUCUGAAAUCCAGUUUUCUAUGGGAUUCCUUCACGAAAUUGAAAUUGUCUCAAAAUAUGAGAGUCCAACGACAACCAGAUAUGGCGGCAGCAGUUUAUGCAGAUCUAGGUGGUAUCUCUUUUUCAUCUUGGUUAUUGAAAUUGGGUGAAGGUUCUCUAUCGAAUGCAAUUCUCAAUCAGCGGGAUGCUCCAAUAGCACCGGAGUAUCUCAUCGAAAUACCCUCCCGAUUCCAUGUUGCUUCUGUAGAUGAUUUAAUAGAUUUUGUUUAUGGAGGUGAUUUUACAGCUGAAGAAAACGGUACUAAGGCGAUUCUUUGUCCAACAAAUGCAGCAGUCGACAUCAUCAACGAAAUAAUCCUUCAACGGAUAGCUGAAACAGAAUCGAGGACAUAUCUGAGCGAGGACGUAUAUCUAGGACAGGAGGAUGACGAUUUUUUGGCCCCCCUUGAUCUUUUGAAUUCCAUCAAUGCUCCUUCUCUACCCCCUCAUGAAUUAGUUCUAAAACGUGGAGCGAUUGUUAUGUUGCUUCGAAAUUUGGAUAUGGAUGAAGGCGAAUGUAAUGGUUCACGAUUGAGGAUUAUUCGAUUAGGUCAUCAUAUAAUCGAAUGCGAAUUGUUGACAGGUCAUAGGAUAGGCGAGAGGUUGUUCCUGCCGAGAAUAAAGAUGAAGGCCCAAACUCCCAUGUUACCAAAAGAGAUACUGCGUUUUCAAUUUCCUGUCAGAGAAAAAACGACCAGAGAUAACGAAUAUACUGGCUGCUGCAAUAGAGGAGCUUUUACAAUACCAGCUCUGAGUGCAUGUCCUCCCACGUUAAAAGAUUUAUACGUAGGAGAUGGUCCUUUGGCUUCUCAAUUCAGAUCCCAAAUAAGACUGAUCAAUAGUCUAUUUGCAGUGGCAUCCUUUAAAACAUCGAGACCGAUACCAGAGAAAUGGGGACAGGGUCAUUGGUGUUUCACCAUAUGCGGUCAAAUAUACCAUUUCAUAAGCGGUAUACCCAAUUCACAGGAUAAGGAGAACAUCCAACUGAACCAGAUUUAUUUUUUGGACGUAGAAGAAGCUUUGGCCCGAAGAAAUGCUUUUGCUGAUGAUAGAGUCGAUCCAGCAUUAAUGAGAUUGAUGGAAUCUAUUCUGAGAACACAUAAUAGAUAUAUAAAAGCUUAUAAAACUAUGGGAGAUGAAAUCCGACAAAGGAAAACACAAAAUUUGGAGGUGGAAAAUAUAAUAAUAGGAAUGACAAAAGAACCGGUCAUAAAUAUUUUAGCAGCCCAACAAAAUCAGAAUUGGAGACCUGGACAGAGCGAUAUUGCAGCAAUAUUCGAGGGAACAGAACCUCCAAUGAAGGUUGAUUUGGUCGUCUAUCCCCAUAAGCCUGACGGUCCUGAUCCGAUAAAUCGACAUCAAGAAUUGAAGCUCCUCAAUUCUUUAGCCGACCCGAUGGUGUAUUCUCUAUUAUUUCCAUGCGGCGAUAAUGGCUAUUCCACCGGAAUGAAAUACAACAUCAGAAGAGGCAGACUGCUGGAAAAACUGUAA